GCUGCGACGUGCCCGCGCGUCCCUCGCGAGACCGACGCAUCGCAUAAAUCUCGCAGCGAUGGCUGCUCCGCCCGACACGGAGAGCUUGGAGUCUCGUAUCAACAUCGCCACAAACCCACUGAACCGAGACACCGACUGGAGCAGCAUCCGCGGCUUCUGUGACCAGCUCAACAAUGACCUGGAGGGGCCUCAGCUGGCCACCAGGCUCCUGGCCCACAAGAUCCAGUCUCCACAGGAGUGGGAGGCCAUGCAGGCUCUGCUGGUUCUGGAGACGUGUAUGAAAAGCUGUGGGAAAAGGUUUCACAGUGAAGUUGGCAAGUUCCGUUUUCUCAAUGAACUCAUCAAAGUAGUUUCUCCAAAGUACCUCGGCUCCCGGUCACCAGAGCCAGUCAAAAAGAAGGUUUUGGAGUUGAUCUUUGGCUGGACUUUGGGGUUACCUGAUGAGGCCAAGAUCUCAGAUGCCUAUCAGAUGCUGAAGAAACAAGGUAUUCUAAAACAAGACCCAGAGCUGCCACCUGACCAACUGCUGAAUCUUCCGCCACCCAGACCCAAGAAUGCCAUUUUCGAGGACGAAGAGAAGUCAAAAACGUUGUCUCGGCUGUUGAACAGCUCGCACCCCGAGGACCUCAAAGCUGCCAACAAACUCAUCAAGGAAAUGGUGCAAGAGGAUCAGAAGCGAGCAGAGAAGGUGUCCAAGCGGGUGAACGCCAUCCAGGAGGUGAAGGAGAGCGUCGCUCUGCUUACGCAGCUUCUGCAGGACGACGACGGCGCCGCCGGCAAUCAGAGCAACGCGGAACUCGUGCAGGAUCUGUACCAGCGCUGUGAGAAAAUGAGACCGACGCUGUUCAGACUGGCAAGCGAUACGGAAGACAACGACGAGGCUCUGGCCGAGAUCCUGCAGGCGAACGACAGCCUGACUCAAGUCAUCAACCAGUACAAACAGCAGGUGAAGGGCGAGAUCGUGAACAACACGUUAAACACACAGAGGACAACAGGCGGAGGGACGGCCCUGCUCGAUCUGUCCGGACUGGACACGUCGCCACAGUCGCCUCCGGAGUUCCCCACGCCGACGGACGGCCUCACCGCCCCGUCGCAAGAGAUGGGCGUCAGCCUGCUGGACGACGAGCUCAUGUCGCUCGGUUUAAGUGAAGGAACACACACCUCCAACCCUCCCUCGCAGCCGGAGGACUCCACCGCCUGGGACUCCUUCCAGUCCUCCGACAGCAUCGACGCAGACAUCCCGGCAGCCCCCAGCCUCCUGAGUCCAGACCCCGCCUCCCACUCUCAGCCCCUCUCGCCUGGCUCCACAGCUGGGAACUCCGCUCUGGAUGAGCUGGACCUGCUGGGAAAGACCCUGAUGCAGCAGUCCCUGCCCCCAGAGGGCCUGCAGGUCAAAUGGGACAAGCAGCAGUGCAAACCAACUCUGAGGGAUCUCCAGAGCAAGUCUGGGUGCAACAUCACCCCGAACCCCAUCCCGACCUUCGCCGCUGAGCAUCCCGCGCCUCUCCUCAGCUCUCAGCCCACGUUGCUGGAUAUGUCCCCGACUCGCACGGAGACGCCGCCGCCGCCUGCCGACGUCACGCUGACUGAUGUUUUUGUACCGCUAGAAUCCAUUAAGCCCAGCAGCCUGUUGCCUGUGACGGUGUUUGAUGGACACAGCCUGCGGGUUCUCUUCCACUUUGCUCGGGACUCGCCUCCCUCUCGUACCGAUGUGCUGGUGGUGAUCAUCUCCAUGUUGUCAUCCGCUCCCAUCCCCGUCGGCAACAUCAACUUCCAGACCACCGCCCCAAAGUCUAUGGCGGUGAAGCUUCAGCCUCCAUCAGGAACGGAGCUCCCAGCGUUCAACCCCAUCCUCCCCCCGGCUGCGGUCACACAGAUCCUGCUGCUGCAGAACCCAAACAAAGAGAAAGUGCAGCUGCAGUACAGCUUAACCUUCACCAUGGGAGACCAGGAGCACAGUGAGAGCGGCAGUCUAGAAGAGUUCCCUCCUCCAGAGACGUGGGGGAACCUAUAGCACUGAAGCACAACCACCACCUGACUCUCUUCUUUCAGACUCCGCCUCCUUUCCCAAAACCACCUCCGACUCGACACGUCUGCGUUUUGCCCGUUUCUCCUUUGUACUUUUUUGGAUCCGUGUGUGUAAAACAAACCACGUCAUAUCGUUUAACAGACAUCAAAUGUGUGCGUACUUUUCGGUAUGCGUGAUGUUUUUCUGAAUUGCUCAUCGGUUGCGUGUACCGUCACCUUUUCCAACACGGGAUACACUGCCUGCAAAAUCAGCGCGCAGAAACAAACACACAGGGCGUUGGCGCUUUACACAUUUCAUCUUAGUUUUCAAAACCACGCUCGACUAAGCGAUGUUCUGUGGUGUCUCUCGCAACGACUGAGUCCACUUUUUGAUUUGCACACAGGAUUAUUUUUUGGGGACUGUACCAUUUGUGUUUCUCGUCGUGUGUAAAGAACGAGCGUAACGAGUGUGUCGUCCGCCAUGUGCCUAUUUUAGUUUUAACAUAGUUUUGGAUGGAUUCGUUUUCCUCAUCAGUUACACGUCAGUCAUUGGGUCUGAGAUGCAGUUCAGCGACAUGAUAUCCUUAAUAUAUAUUGAGCAUUUUCAGUAGCGUAAAUUACAUUUUGACUUCUUUAUUUAGCUUGUGAUUUAAUUUUUAAUUCAGCAUUUAUUGGUUAAAACUGAAGUAUCACGCAACUUGAGAUGCAGCCGAGUGCACCGCUGGUCUCAAACCAGUUCCUCCAGUGUGCGAUGCAUGUCAGCCUCAACACUCCCCCCCCCACAGGCUCUCAAUCACAUUCCGCUGCAUCUCCAAUACGACUGCUUUGUAAAUAACCAUGAUGGCGGUCCUGUUAUGUACAUUUGACUUGUGCAAGAGCAGAAUUGUUAAAAUAUUCCAAAUGGGUAAUAAAAGAUUUUUCUUGGUGA